AUGUCUGGGAAGAACGCGCUCGAGGAAGCGGUUAAGGGCGCGAUAAACUCGGACUACCUGGAGGACAGGGAUUACGCUUUGGGCUCGUGUCGGCGUCUGUUGAAGCUGAUCGGGGUCUGGUCGCUGAUUCAGAAACGGCCCAGCAGGCUGGAGAAAGCUCUGUCGUUCCUCCUGAGAACAAUGAUCUUCUGCAUACAACUGUUCUUCAUCAUUCCCAUCGCCAUUCACGUGUUCUACGUUGAGCAGAAUCCGAACAUGAAAAUAAAGCACAUCGGUUCGCCGAGCAACUGUGCGUUCUCAGUGAUCAAGUUCAUCUACCUCGGGCUGAGGGGGACUGAGUUCAGGAGCUGCAUCGAGCACAUAGAGAGCGACUGGAGGAGGGUGCGGGAUCCCCAGCACCGGAGCAUCAUGCUCAAGCAGAUAUCGACGAGCAGCAAUCUCAUCGUGCUGUGCUUGUUCUUCUUCUACGCCGCCGGGAUAUCGUACUACACGAUUAUACCGCUGGUGACUAGGCGUAUACAGAAAGAGAAUUACACUGGCAGGAAGCUGAUGCACCCUGGUUACGACAGAUACUUCGACGUGCACUCCAGCCCCACGUUCGAGCUCAUCUACUCGGCUCACUGUCUGUCGGGUUUCUUCAGGUACAGCGUGACGAUAGCGGCGUUCAGCCUGGCGGUGAUCUUUGUCACGCACAUCAGCGGCCAGAUGCAGAUACAGAUAUUGCGACUGAGGGAACUGUGCUCGAGGAAGGACAGGAACAGCGUUCGUGAGCAGCUGUCUGUUAUUAUUCACGAUCACGCGAAGGUCUUGAGAUUUUCGAAGAUUGUCAGAGACGCCUUUACCGAGAUCCUCUUAAUAGAAAUCCUUAAUUCCGCUUUGCUCAUGUGUUUUAUCGAGUACUGUUGUCUACUGGAAUGGAAAGCUAGCAAUGCAGUCGCAGCCACGACGUACAUCAUUUACAUGAUAUCUUUCACUUUCAAUGCGAUGAUCUUUUGUUACAUUGGUGAAAUCCUCUCUCAACAGUACGUCACUAGUUUAACGAAUGAAAUUAGUAUUAGCAACAAGUUACGUUUAGACCGUCAGUAUCAUUGUUCAAAGAUCGGAUUAGCUAGCUACGAAGUCGAUUGGUACAACUUACCAGGAACAAGGGGAAGCGACUUCAUUUUGCUGAACGUUAUAUCACUCUAUCCACCGAAACUUUCGGGUGGCAAAAUAAUCGAGCUGUCUUUAAACACGUUCAGCAUCAAAAGUAACAAAAGUAACGCAUGGAGCAGUAAAGAGAUUUAG